CCUUUCUACGGAAAGGUUUUUAGGUUACUCCUGUGUCUUAGCAUAACUACUUUUCCACUGCUACACACUACGUUGUAGGAAAUUGAUACAACUUUAAAGUGUGUCUUUCUCUACCUCAGCUGCUGCGAUAUGGCGGGAAACUUCUGGCAAAGCUCUCAUUAUCUGCAGUGGGUUCUGGACAAGCAGGACCUGAUGAAAGAGCGCCAGAAGGAUCUGAAGUUUCUUUCAGAAGAGGAGUACUGGAAGCUGCAGAUUUUCUUUGCCAAUGUGAUUCAGGCUCUGGGGGAACACCUGAAGCUGCGGCAGCAGGUCAUUGCUACUGCAACUGUCUACUUCAAACGCUUCUAUGCCAGGUAUUCCCUGAAAAGUAUAGAUCCAGUGCUCAUGGCUCCUACCUGUGUUUUCCUGGCUUCUAAAGUUGAGGAAUUUGGAGUAGUGUCCAAUACCAGGCUGAUCUCUGCAGCAACAUCUGUGUUGAAAACAAGAUUUUCCUAUGCCUUUCCAAAGGAGUUUCCUUACAGAAUGAAUCAUAUAUUAGAAUGUGAGUUCUAUCUUCUGGAGUUGAUGGACUGCUGCCUCAUAGUGUACCACCCCUACAGACCACUGUUGCAGUAUGUGCAGGAUAUGGGACAGGAGGACAUGCUGCUACCCCUGGCCUGGCGAAUAGUGAAUGACACAUACAGGACAGACCUGUGUCUGCUCUACCCUCCCUUCAUGAUUGCCUUGGCCUGUCUGCAUGUUGCCUGUGUGGUACAGCAGAAAGAUGCCAGGCAGUGGUUUGCAGAGCUCUCUGUCGACAUGGACAAAAUCCUGGAGAUUAUCCGUGUCAUUCUGAAGCUCUAUGACCAGUGGAAAAACUUUGAUGACAGAAAAGAGAUAGCCGCUGUGCUAAACAAGAUGCCUAAGCCCAAACCACCUCCUAACAGUGAGGGUGACCAGAGCUCCAAUGGCAAUCAGAGCAACUCCUACAGCCAGUCUUAGCGUCUGUAUUUCCAUGGCUGUCCAUAAUGUUGAUGCACGAUCUCUGUGGUGUCAGCUGGAAACAAAGCCACAUUUCAGCCUGUGAAGUUGUCCUUUCUUCUUUGACUGACACCCCACAAAAACUUGUGAGAGUCACAUCUUCACUUUCCCUGUGUCUGAUCAUUAUGGGUUUAUGGACUGAGCGAGUGGCCACUGAAAUGUCUGCAGCGACGAGCUGAUCCGUAAUUACAGUUUUGUUGUCGCGAUGAGGCUCUCAACUCUGUUCCAGACUUGAAAUGAACUAAAACUGAGGAACAUCCUGGGGGGAGAGGGGAAUGUAGGGAAAACUGAUAGAGAGAACAGAUAUGAUGGUUUAGUAGAAACCUUUUUAAUGUCAUUGUGAUUAUCCUGACAUCCUUGAACAGCCCAGAGGAGUGAGUCCUUUUCAUGUGGAGCUCCAUGGGAUUCGAGAACACUUGAUCACAAGUACUGUGUGAGUGGCCAGUCUGGGUGGGUUUUCUUUUCCUCAGGGACCAUAGUAUUCUUCUCUGUAAAACCAUUUGAUCCUGUGCUGUUAGAGAGUGAAUCUGAUUGGAUAUCACCCUGUGCAACUGUGAUGUGAUUGGAUGCCCUGUAAGGUCUGUGCUGGUUGAUUAUGAACCUUGGCAGGAAAAAAAAAUCCCAGAGGCUCCUUUUUAAUGGUAGAGAUGACCUCUAUAAGUACAAGAUUUUUACUGUUUUGACUCAUGACAACCUCCUUCCUCCCAUUCCCUCUUCUCUUUUGUAAAUAGCUGUAUAAUUCUGUUCAUUUAUUUUAUCUUUCAUGUUUUCCCCUUAUUAAGUAAACUUAAUGGAAAUCUUGAGCAGGUUUCACUUUGUAUUUGUGCUUCAGAUGAAAGUGCCCCAGUUUUACUGUCACGAUGCUGUUUGCCUGCUGCAAAGCUUAUUUUUCACCUUGUGAUUUCAUUUAUCCUGCAUUAGCUAUACAAUAUGUUUUGUGUAAAGCUUUUUUGUUUUGUAAAUCCCUUGUUUUUAUUUGUCAAGAAAUUGCUUUUUUGUAGUAAAUGAAUUACAGUUGGUCUAGAUUUAUCUGCUAAGUUCUGGUUGUACAUUAUUUUUUAAAAUCUACCUUCUGCCAUCUAUUUAAUCACUGAUUGGGGCAAUAUUUGUGUGUAUAUGUGUAGCUGUCUCUAUAAUUUUGUGCUGUAGUAGAGUGAGAGUUGUGUUUGUACUCAACAAGGUGCUUGAAUGCCUUAACAAAUAAAAGCUGCUGGUUACACAGAAACCCCAACAUAAAA